GUUCCACAGCAGAUGGGAAACGGUAUUAACGAACACUGAUAAGGUUUUUAUAAAACGAGCAUCUUCGCUGGCUGUUCGGAUCAUUCCGCUAGUGAAAGUCGCGAUCACAACAGUUCAGCUUUACGGUUUCUUUUUUUUUUCAAAAAUGGCAAAAUGGGCCGUAUUUGGCAUAAUCUUUCUGAUAGGCUUAUUUAGCGAGGAGCUAAGGAUAACGUCAGCCGAAAAGCUACAACUCGUCUAUCAAUGGUCACAGCUGAAGUCCAGUAACAGUAGCGAAGCAUCGCAAAAUGUAGUAUUCACGGCCAAUUCUGUCCCAGCCGAUGAGGACACGUUCAACGCGUAUGGCAAUCUGCCGAUGGGUGUCACCCAUCACAAGGGAUUCCUGUACGUUACGAUUCCACGGCGCCGUCCGGGCAUUCCGGCCACCUUGAACGUCAUCGACCUGGCACGCAAUCCAUCGGCAAACAAUCCGACGCUGGAUCCGUACCCUAACCUAUUGGUGAACUCACUGCGGAGGGAUUUCACCGCCGACCCGAAACGCAUCAUCUCUGUCUACCGCACGCAGGUGGAUCGUUGCGAUCGGCUCUGGUUCGUUGAUACGGGAUAUCUCGAGUAUCCGGGCGGUGCUGGCCGCCAGGUGCAGCGUCCCGCCCUGUGGGUCAUCGAUCUUACCAUCAAUCGGAGUGUGCGACGGUUCGAAAUUCCACCGGAAAUGGUCGAGUUUGGUUACGGCAUUCCCAACAUCGAGGUGGACGUCGAUGAUCGCGAUUGUGGCCGUGCUUACGCGUACAUUCCCGACUACGAGUGGCGUCGGCUGUACGUGUACGGACUGACCGAGGGACGGAUGUGGCGGUUUGAGCACAACUACUUCUCCUUUGAACCACGGUACGGUGACUUCAAUGUGGCCGGUCAACAGUUCACCUGGUACGAUGGUAUCUUUUCCGUGGCGGUCGGUGGACGGUGGGAAAAUAGCGCUGCCGAGCGUACCGUGUAUCUGCACGCAAUGGCUUCCGUCAGUGAGAUUGCCGUGUCGAAUCGGAUUCUACAGAACGAAACGAUGGCGCAGCUCGGCAGUGGGGCGUACGGGCGUGCCUUUCACCAUCUUGGCGCCCGUGGACCGAACACGCAAAGCUCGAGCCACGCGUACGAUCCGCGCACGGGAGUGCUUUUCUAUGCGGAAAUCAACCGGAAUGCGAUUGGUUGCUGGAACACGCACAAGCAAUUCACACCGGAAAACCACGGCAUAGUGCAUCUGGACAACGAGGAAAUGAUUUAUCCUGCAGAUUUAAGGAUUGACAGUGACGGUGAUUUGUGGGUCAUUUCGAAUCGGCUGCCCAUCUGGAUCUACUCCCAGCUGAACCGGACCGAAGUGAACUACCGAAUUUGGCGCCAAUCGGCCUCUCGUGCCGUUGCUGGAACAGUCUGUGCAUAAUACCUUGCCGCACAUACACGACUUUACUACAAUGAUAAAGAGCCGUUUCUUUCCACACGUACCGCAAA